AUGCCAAAUACAACACCCGAAGACCUCUACCUUCAAUCCUACCCAUUCACAACAGCUGCCGCAAUUAUCGGUUCUGUUGAUCGAAAAAUUAUAGUGACCCUUUGGGAUGGCCGUACUUUGGUUGGAGUACUAAGAACUUUUGACCAGUUCGGUAACUUGGUAAUCCACGACGGCGUGGAACGUAUCUACUUGUUAGAUAAGAAGCAGUAUGCUCAAUCUACAAAGCUACAGACGUACCUGAUCAGAGGAGAGAAUGUGGUUAUGAUGGCCGAGAUGGAUAUCGACAAAGAGGAUGAAUCAUUAGCACAGUUAACGCAGGUGGAUUUCGUUGAUGCCCAGAAAGUCUGGAAAAGUCGCUGUCAAAGUGCCUUGGACAGAAACAGUGUGGAAAGUGUCGUUUUCCACGACAACGGAAUCUUCGGUGCCGCAUGUACACUAUAUUAG